ACUGCCGAGCGCGCCGGGCCUCCCGCUCCCCGCGCCUCGCUCGGCCACGACGCGUUCCGACCAUCCCAAAUCCAAAACCAAAACUUAACAGUUAACCCGUCGCGAGUGCAUUAUGACACUUGUCACAUCAGUGAGCUAGCGGGCAGUGACAGUGUCCUAUCAUAUAAUAUUUAUGCCGAUGUGUAUGUGUUCACGUGUUGUGUAGUGUUCGCUUUGGGCCCGUGACGAAAAACAUUCGUGGUGGCCAGCGGAGCCCUGCACCCGGGCUCGGGGCGAGCUUUCAUGGCUCAGCCUAGGUACGACGAGAGCCUCCACGGCGGGGGCUAUAUGGAGGGAGGCGCGAUGUACCACGAGCACAGACUCACGCACCCCCACAUCCCGCCGGUGCACUACCCCCCGCCUGCAGCACCUGCGCACGCGCUGCCUGGCGAGCCGCUCGUGCACAAGCGAGACAAGGACGCCAUAUACGGGCACCCCCUCUUCCCCUUGCUGGCGCUGAUCUUCGAGAAGUGCGAGCUGGCGACGUGUACGCCCCGCGACCCCGGCGUGGCAGGCGGCGACGUCUGUUCCUCAGAGUCCUUUAACGAGGACAUCGCGGUCUUCAGUAAACAGAUACGCCAAGAAAAACCUUAUUACAUAGCGGACCCCGAGGUCGACUCAUUAAUGGUGCAAGCAAUACAAGUCCUACGGUUUCACCUAUUAGAAUUAGAAAAAGUGCACGAGCUGUGCGAUAACUUCUGCCACCGCUACAUCAGCUGUCUGAAGGGCAAGAUGCCCAUAGACCUGGUGAUCGACGAGCGGGAGUCGGCUCGGCCGCCCGACACGAACGGCGAGCCCCGAUCCGCGCCCGACAGCAGCCACGACGGCGCGUCAACCCCCGACGUCAGGCCGCCGUCGUCGUCGCUGUCGUAUGGCGGCGCGGUCAACGACGACGUGCGCUCGCCGGGCUCCGGCGGCACGCCCGGCCCGCUCAGCCAGCCGCCGCCCAGCCUCGACGCGACCGACCCAGAUGCCAUGGGCAAAUGGUGUGGGUCGCGGAGGGAAUGGUCCUCACCCCCCGACGUGGCGCGGAGGGUGUACUCCUCAGUGUUCCUUGGCAGUCCUGGUGAAUAUCCAGGCGACGCCAGCAACGCAAGCAUCGGGUCCGGCGAGGGCACGGGCGAAGAGGAUGACGACACGAACGGGAAGAAGAACCAGAAGAAGCGAGGAAUCUUCCCCAAGGUCGCCACCAACAUCCUCAGAGCGUGGCUCUUUCAGCACCUAACGCAUCCCUACCCCUCGGAGGACCAGAAGAAGCAAUUGGCACAAGAUACAGGGUUAACGAUACUACAAGUAAAUAAUUGGUUUAUCAACGCGAGACGUAGGAUAGUACAGCCAAUGAUAGACCAGUCGAAUAGAGCAGUGUUCUACCCCGCAGUGUUCCCCCACGCCGGCCCCAGCGGCGCCUACAGCCCCGAGGCCACCAUGGGCUACAUGAUGGACGGCCAGCAGAUGAUGCACAGGCCUCCCACGGACCCCGCAUUCCACCAGGGCUACGCGCACUACCCCGCCGAAUACUACGGCCACCAUCUUUAAUCCAUGCACUUGUAAAUAUAUGAAUAUAAAUCCAUCGUGCGGCCUCACCCCGCGAGAGCCAAGGCUGGAAGGAGACCACUGGCAGGCUGGCACCGCCCGCGCCGAAACUCGGCCUCGCCUUUGCGCACACGUGAUACGAACAAACAGGAGAACGAUGCUAAAUGUACAUAAACGCGAAACAUUUUGUAAUAUUUGAAACAGUAUACGAUCUCCUAAAUUAAGAUUUAAAGUCAACUUUAAUGAUUAAAUUAAAUGUAAAUGUAAAACGCGAAGUGACUACGGACGCUGUAUAUUUAAAACAAAACCUGGUGCAAUCACCUAAAUAUAAAUGAAACGGAGCAGUUUUUAUCACUCGGAACUAUAGGAGCAAAGUUGAUGAAUGUAACAAUAAAAAAAUGGUUUGAUAUAGUUAUCGUAUAAAUAUUUAUAGCUAAUUGUGUAUUGUUAUUACGUAAAUAUAAAUAAAUAAUUGAUUAGUUGUAAGUUGUACCUAUCACUGGAAGGACUGGGAGCGCAGGCGAAAAUGAUACAGUUUUGGUUUUUUUUUAAAUAUUUUUUUGUAAAGACGUUGUCUAUUUAAUAGAUCACUUAGAUUUGAGUUUUGUGAAAUACUUAUACUAUAUUAUUGAGGCAUAUUAUAUACGAACUUGGCCGAAAAACAUCAAUGUUAUUAAUGAGAGACUUUAGCCGAACGCCGAGGCCGAAAAUUGUAAGGCCAAAGGAUGUGGCCUCUAUCAUGUGCGGUAAUCUUUAUUUUCGACACUACUGUAAGUACUAUUCUUUACUUUAAAAAUCGCUGUCAUUUAAUUUAUUACAAUAAUGGAAAAAGCUCAAAUUAUUACGUAUAGUAAGUAAAUGUCAAUUUCACGAUGAAUCUAUUA